CUCAGCAACACGAAGGCGUGUCCACCAGCGAUGAUUUAAGCGGUAGGAAACCCUUGCCCGCUGUCACUUUGUCAGUUCAGUCUGUUCUCUAGUCCAUGCAUGGAAGUGGAAUUGCUAAGGAGACGAGGGAAUCCCCUAUAGUGUCGCCUCACUCCUGAUGAAUUUGCAUCAACGUUAUUACCAAGCUUGUUUUUUAUCGGUCUCAGUCUGCCUGUUCCAUUCGCUGCGUCCACAAGCAUGGCUUGGAGUGAAGUAUAGCGCCACAUCAUCUCGGACUGUCAACCCGUGAAGAAUACACAACUGAUGCUGUACAACAAACGGUGUAUUUACCAGAAGAAAUUCAUCAGAGGAACCAGGCAACCCACCAAGUGACUUCGACAAUAUGGCAUUGAGCGGGACGCUUUUGCCAUCCAUAUCCACAUUUGCAAGCGGCCCGAAUGUCAAGAAUAAAUCCAUGGGACAUGCGAAUUUAAGAUGGAAGGAGGAUAUCUCCACUGGCAUGACCAAGAAAGAGCCUGAAGAUCUGGACCUGCUAGACUAUGACUUUAUCCUGUCCAACACUAUGCUACAACAGCAGGCUGAGGCCAUGGCAGCAAGCGGGUCCCAGAACCUGUCCCCUUCCCCGGGCUCCUACUCCUCCUACCAGCUCCCCUCUCCCCAGGACUCUGCCCACAGUGACAUGCUGUACACCAUCCCUGACAUCAGCGACGUGUCCCCCUCUGGGGGGUUCGUGGCCGAACUGAUGAGGCCUGAAUUGGACCCAGCAUACCUCCACCCCACCAGCCUCCAUGGCAAGUUUGUGGUGAAGACCACCAUGGAUAUGGCAGAAUACGGCCAAAGCAUUAAUGUGAUUAGUAAAGCCGGUGUUGGUGUCAGUGCUGCCACGGACCCCUCCUCCUUGCCGUUUGUUUGUCAUAUGAUAAAGCAGGAGAACCCCAGCAUGUGCAACAUCACCCAACCCAUGGAUCUCCACCUUGGGGGGGUGAACUCACACUCCCAGCCCAGAACUGGACAGAGGCCUCACCUCGACCCCCACGGUUUCUCCCCAGGGGGGUGUCCUAUGACAGCCAGCCGGUCAGCUUCAUCUCUGUCUCCAGACCACCACCCUUCCAGCCAGGUGUUAUCCCACCCCCAGAUCCCUCUGCCUGGCCAGGGCUACCACCACAGCUCUCCGACAAGCUACUCGCCCUUCCCUCAACAGCCUGGGUCUCUACGGUACCAAGAGCUCAUGUCCCCGAGCGGAGACUGUCUACCGGAGGAGCCCAAACCCAAACGCGGCCGGCGCUCCUGGCCCAGGAAGAGAAUCGCAACACACACGUGUGACUACGCCGGCUGUGGGAAAACGUACACCAAGAGCUCCCACCUCAAAGCACAUCACCGAACGCACACAGGAGAGAAGCCUUAUUGCUGUGACUGGGAGGGCUGCGGCUGGAAGUUUGCCCGUUCAGACGAGCUCACACGGCACUACAGGAAACACACGGGGCAUCGCCCCUUCCAGUGUGCCAAGUGUGACAGGGCCUUCUCAAGGUCUGACCACCUGGCUCUACACAUGAAGAGACACCUAUGAGACACUCACUGGACACCAUGGACCAAUACUAAAAUACUAUAAAUAUUAUUAAACAGCGACCUGAACUUGUGACUUACAAAUAAACAUUGCCUUCUAGCCAUCCAUUGUCAAAGCACCAAUACAAGCUAUGUGUUUCCUGGUAGUGUUACACUCUCAAGGGUCCAACCCUAUGACUAAAGACUGUUCUUUGUCCAUCUAUGGGCUUGUGAUCUGACAUUUGACAAGACCCCUCAGAACAACCUCUUUUGUGGGACAAAACUGGAAUUGCUAAUCUAUUUAUCGACAAAACCUGGAGGACUAGGUGCCAACGUAUGACUGGAAAUGUAUUAGCAGAGAGUUACAGGGACAGCCCUAGCCACUAAGUGACCACCGAUUUUUUUUUUUUAUUGUCUGAAGAUUAUGAUCAUUUUCCCUAAAAUGUAAAUUGCCUUUUACAUACUAAUGGGGGAGGAAUCAGAAAGAUCACAUACUAACGGGGGAGGAAUCAGAAAGAUCACAUACUAACGGGGGAGGAAUCAGAAAGAUCACAUACUAAUGGGGGAGGAAUCAGAAAGAUCACAUACUAACGGGGGAGGAAUCAGAAAGAUCACAUACUAACGGGGGAGGAAUCAGAAAGAUCACAUACUAAUGGGGGAGGAAUCAGAAAGAUCACAUACUAACGGGGGAGGAAUCAGAAAGAUCACAUGCUAAUGGGGGAGGAAUCAGAAAGAUCACAUACUAACGGGGGAGGAAUCAGAAAGAUCACAUACUAACGGGGGAGGAAUCAGAAAGAUCACAUACUAAUGGGGGAGGAAUCAGAAAGAUCACAUACUAACGGGGGAGGAAUCAGAAAGAUCACAUACUAACGGGGGAGGAAUCAGAAAGAUCACAUACUAACGGGGGAGGAAUCAGAAAGAUCACAUACUAACGGGGGAGGAAUCAGAAAGAUCACAUACUAAUGGGGGAGGAAUCAGAAAGAUCACAUACUAAUGGGGGAGGAAUCAGAAAGAUCACAUACUAAUGGGGGAGGAAUCAGAAAGAUCACAUACUAAUGGGGGAGGAAUAUGAAAGAUCACAUACUAACGGGGGAGGAAUAUGAAAGAUCACAUACUAAUGGGGGAGGAAUCAGAAAGAUCACAUACUAACGAGGGAGGAAUCAGAAAGAUCACAUACUAACGAGGGAGGAAUCAGAAAGAUCACAUACUAAUGGGGGAGGAAUAUGAAAGAUCACAUACUAACGGGGGAGGAAUCAGAAAGAUCACAUACUAACGGGGGAGGAAUCAGAAAGAUCACAUACUAAUGGGGGAGGAAUCAGAAAGAUCACUACUGGAAUUAUUUGCAUUAUAAGUCAAAACUUUCUCAGAGCAAGCUCAACUUGCCCGACUGCUAUAAAUGCCAUACAUUAUCUGUCUUUCAGUAAAAUAAUGGAGAGGAACCAGAAAUAUCAGUUUCAGGCUACUGGAAGUCUUAGCAGUUUGGUUGUUUUCACUGCAAUAAUGGGUCAACCUCAGAGCAGGCUCAACUUGCGUGACUGUUCAGUUCACUUGACCCUGGCCCUUAAUGUCAUUCCCUGUAUCGGUUAUCAGGGAAACAAGAACCUCGGACAGAACACAGACGGAACACAUCCUAAGAGGCCUUCUCCAUUCAAUCAGAAACAGUCCAUUUUGUCUUUGUGAAGUUCAUACUGUUCAACAUACUGUAUUAGACAUUUAUAUUUAUAAUACUCUAUUCUUCCAAGCCAUUGACUUCAGGUACACUUUAAAUGUAUAUGUUACAGGAUGGUGCUCCAAGACUUUACUAUGUUAAAAGGUACCAAAGAAUUUGAAAAAGAAAACCGCUGAGAGUAUAAAAGUGUGGUGGUCUUGUCUGUGAGUUUCCUGGAGAUCUCUUUUCUUCCACAAUUUGACUUUAAUCAGGUGAAUUACUUUGCUCCUCAUUGGUGAUGGCAAUCUCUCAACGCGCUGUGGUCGCAAAGUGCAAUAAUGUUAUAUGAGACAUUCAUAUUAUUUUUUUAAAGAAAUGAGUAACUCUGAACAAAGUUUUUUUUGUUUAUAGACAAAAUAUGUUAUAUAAUCUUGAAUGUUGUACAUUUGUAAAUAAAAUGCUUUUAAAUGUUUUGUAUUGUCUUUUACAACAUAAAGAAUAAAAUAUAUUUGAAAUGA